AUGGCUCAACCGGAAACUCUGAACCUCAAUAACGAGGUUGUGAAGAUGAGGAAAGAUGUGAAGAGAAUUCGAGUUUUGGUUAUCCGAAAGCUUGUUAGGAAUGUUGGCCGACUGAAGUCAAAAAAGGGUUCUGAAGAUGCGCUGUUAAAAAACCAAAGACGGGCACAACGAUUACUUGAAGAAAUUCAUGCCAUGAAGGAAUUGAAACCUGAUGAAGUAACUAAAUCUGCUCUUGGUGAUGAUUUAAACUUUGAAAGUAUCUGCAAAAAGCCAGAAUCUACUGCGACUGAAAGAGCAAUUGCCAGACUAGCAAUACACCCUCUUCUGAAGAAAAAAAUAGAUAUGCUAAAAGCUGCUGUCAAAGCCUUUAAAGAUGCAAGACAAAAUGUUGCUGAAGUUAAAUCAUCAAAUGCAUCAGAAGAAAAUCAUUCCAAGGACACAAAUAAUGAUGAAAGGAAAUUGCAGCAUGUAGGUACGAUUAUCAGUGAGCAGAAACAGAAAGAAGCCAAAAUACUGGCAAAAAGACAAAAAAAUAACACAAAAGAAAAACUGGACAAGAUGAAACAUGGGCCCACAGCAGUGAACAUUCCAAAUUCUCCACCAAAACCUUCUGUAAAGGAUUCAUUAGUUUCAUCUCCACCCCAGAAGACACCUACUGAUCCAAAAAUGAAAACAUUAAAUGAAACCAAAAAAAAUGAAGAGUCCAAUAGCUCACUUAGUGAUAAAAGUGAUGGGGAAGAAUUACAUGAGGAAGAGGAGGAGUAUUUUGAUGAUAGCACAGAAGAAAGAUUUUAUAAACAGUCUUCCAUGUCUGAAGAUAGUGAUAGUGGUGAUGACUUCUUCAUUGGAAAAGUCAGACGGACACGAAAAAAGGAAAGUAGACACUAUUCAUCAGUAAAGGAACAAAAAAAACUGUUCCCUGAAGAAGAAAUACUCAGAACCCACUGGGAUAUGAAAGAUGACAAAAACAAGCCAAGUACUGAAUCCAGGAAGUUUGAAUCAGUGUUUUUCCACUCAUUAUCUGGAUCUAAAAGCUUCAGAAGCAAUUCCAGAGAACAGGCUCUGAAAAGCGAAACCCCAGAUUUUCAGCAAAGUGAACCUCAGAUCAAGAAUCAAUUUAAGAGUAAACAAAGACGACUUGACAAUGCAAAACGGCAAUUGCAGCUGCCUCUUCAUCCUUCAUGGGAAGCAAGCAGGAGGCAAAAAGAACAGCAAUCUAAAAUUGCCAUAUUUCAGGGGAAAAAAAUUACAUUUAAUGAUUGA